AUGGCCUCUGACUGUUCUCCCACACACUGCUCUUCUGAGUCUGGUGCCAGGGCUUCUGAUUGUCCAUCUGUUUCAACUUGUCCUGUGGAAACAACCUGUCUCCCUGCCUGUGCUACCUCCAGAUGCCAGACCCCCAGCUUUCUGUCCAGGUCUUACUUGUCAACUGGUUGCCUCACACCAUGCUACUUUGCUGGGAGUUGUAAUGUUCCAUGCUUGGUAGGGAGUGGUCCUUGGUGUGAAGAUGGGGUGUUCAACAGUAAUGAGAAGGAGACAAUGCAAUUCCUGAAUGACAGACUUGCCAACUACCUGGAAAAGGUGCGAGCCCUGGAAGAGGAGAAUGCAGAGCUGGAAAGCAGGAUAAGAGAACAAUGUGAGCAGGGAAUCCCACUGGUGUGUCCCGAUUAUCAGUGUUACUUCGACACCAUUGAAGAUCUCCAACAAAAGAUCUUGUGCACAAAGGCAGAGAAUUCCAGACUGGCGAUACAGCUUGACAACUGCAAACUGGCUGCUGAUGACUUUAGGUCAAAGUACGAGAGUGAACUGUCUCUCCAGCAGCUGGUGGAGGCUGACAUCAGUGGUCUGCAUAGGAUCCUGGAAGAGCUGACCCUGUGCAAGUCUGACUCAGAGGCCCACGUGGAGUCUCUGAAGGAUGAUCUCCUUUGCCUUAAGAAAAGCCAUGAGGAGGAGGUCAACUUGCUUCGUGGACAGCUUGGUGACCAACUCAAUGUGGAGCUAGAAACUGCCCCCACGGUUGACCUCAACAGGGUCUUGGAUGAGAUGCGCUGUCAGUAUGAAACAGUGCUUGCCAACAACCGCAGAGACGUGGAAGAAUGGUUUGCUACUCAGACAGAAGAGCUCAAGCAGCAGCAGCUGUCCAGUGCGGAGCAGUCACAGGGCUGCCAGACAGAGAUCUCAGAACUGAAACGCACGGCCAACACUCUGGAGAUUGAGCUCCAAGCCCAACAAAACUUGACAGACUCUCUGGAAUGCACUGUGGCAGAGACCGAGGCCCAGUACAGCUCCCAGCUGGCCCAGAUGCAGUGCCUGAUUGACAAUGUGGAGACCCAGCUGGCCGACAUCCGCUGUGACCUAGAGCGGCAGAAGCAGGAGUAUGAGGUGCUGCUGGACACCAAAGCCAGGCUGGAGUGUGAGAUCAACACAUACCAGGGCCUCCUGGAGAGUGAGGACAGCAGAAUUUCUCAUAACCCAUGUUCUACAACGUGCAUGUCAAGCAACGCCUGUGAGCCGUGCUCGGCUUAUAUCAUUUGCACAGUUGAAAACUGCUGUGUUUGA